UCCAUGUGGGCGCCGGCGCAGCGCGGCGCAGCGCGGGGUUGCCAUGGCGGAGGUGCAGCAGCUCCGCGUGCAGGAGGCGGUGGACUCCAUGGUGAAGAGUGUGGAGAGAGAGAACAUCCGGAAGAUGCAGGGCCUCAUGUUCCGGUGCAGUGCCACCUGCUGUGAAGAUAACCAGGCGUCCAUGCAACAGGUGCACCAGUGCAUCGAGCGCUGCCAUGCACCUCUGGCUCAAGCACAGGCCUUGGUGACCAGUGAGUUGGAAAAGUUCCAGGACCGCCUGGCCCGAUGCACCAUGCAUUGUAAUGACAAAGCCAAAGAUUCAAUAGAUGCAGGGAAUAAGGAGCUUCAGGUAAAACGGCAGCUGGACAGUUGUGUGACGAAGUGUGUGGAUGACCACAUGCACCUCAUCCCAACUAUGACGAAGAAGAUGAAGGAGUCUCUCUCAUCCAUUGGAAAAUAAAAGUCUUUGCUAGUGACCAUGGGGCUUGGGGCAGGGAAUCUAUUUAAUAAG